UCUGCGCGGAGGACGCGUUUCAGGACUGCGCACAGCGCGACAACAGGCUACUGACACAGUAUUGCGAGAGCAUCAUUGAAAAAUAAAUGUUGACAGUCGUGUAAUGAAUAUUGAAUAAAAGGCCUGGUUAUUGACUGUGCCUGGAGCCCGAGGCUUGAUUUGAUGCGACGCUGUGUUCCGGGUGCACGAUGUUUUGUUAUUGGGGAAAUGAGGAGAACAGUGGUCUCUUAAACUCAUGGUUCCCCCUAUGUUGUUCAAGACUACAGUGACAUCCGCUCAUGCCGAAGAUGUUCAACUCCUGUAUUUCUACGAAUCACCCACGCUAUUCCUCCACCUGAUGCCUCUUGCUCCCUUAUCACGUCAUCUCUUCCCUUAUCUCUCCCUUCUCCAUCCCUGUUUCUUUCCUAACCUCCCUUCCUCUCUCACAUGCACUGCCUCUCUGUGUCAGAUGUCAUAAUGAUGUGUUGUGGUCGAGCACUGGAUUCUCCAUGCACACUGGCUCUGUUGGUAGGCUUCCAAUUUGCAUUUGUCCUCUACUUCUCUCUGGGAGGUUUUCGGGGCCUAGUGUCUGUUUUGGUUCACUCCACUGAGCCCGAGUUCGACUACUCACGACCACAUGACGUCUACACCAACCUCAGCUCACUGCUGCUCCACCAUCCAGGACCAAGUGGACCAGAACAGCAGCUCAGAGAAUGCGCACUGCCCUCUCCAUUCUUGGUGGGUCCUAUUUCAGUCCACCUCUCCUCACUUCCCUCCCUGGAGGAGAUAAAAGAGAAGAACCCCUUGGUGACAUUAGGGGGUCAUUACCGCCCACCAGACUGUGAGCCGCGGCACCACACGGCCAUCGUGGUCCCCUACCGGAACCGCCAGACCCACCUUCGUGCUCUUCUCUACCAUCUGCACCCCUUUCUGCAGCGGCAGCAGGUCCACUACGGCAUUUACAUUGUGCACCAGUCUGGGAAUUCUACAUUUAACCGAGCAAAGUUGCUGAACGUGGGUGUGCACGAGGCACUGAAAGAGGAGGACUGGAGUUGUAUUUUCCUUCAUGAUGUAGAUCUGCUGCCUGAAAAUGACCACAAUACCUAUACUUGCCACUCGCAGUACCCAACACAUCUGUCAGUGGCCAUGGACAAAUUCCGAUACAGACUUCCAUACUCGCAAUACUUCGGAGGUGUUUCAGCCGUAACCCCAGAGCAGUACCUCAAAAUGAACGGCUUCCCCAACCAAUACUGGGGCUGGGGUGGAGAAGAUGAUGACAUUGCAGCUCGAGUGCGCCUUUCUGGGAUGAAGAUCAUGCGGCCUCCUUUGGCUAUUGGUCAUUAUAAGAUGAUCAGACAUAAAGGAGAUCAGGGUAAUGAGCAGAACCCUAGAAGGUUUGACUUGCUAAAGCGCACGAGGCUGAAUUGGCGAUCGGAUGGAUUGAAUACACUGACCUACAAACUCCUGUCUAAAGAGUUGGAGCCAUUGUACACAAAUUUGUCUGUGAACAUUGGGGAGGAUCCACGCCAUCCCUCUGGAAAGACUCAAAUCCCAAAGUUAGAGCCCCACCAACCUGCUCCAACCAAUAAGACAAAGACUAAAAACGAGAGCGUGGUCACUGAAGCUACAACAGUAGAACCCAAACACUUAAAGGCCAAUAAUGAAAGUUCAAAUGUUGGUCAAAAAGCUGCUGUGAAACAGAAAGCAGAAGCAGGAUGAUAUUGAUCAUCUAUAGUCGUUACCACAAAGACUACACAGGGUGAGUUGAUAACAGAGAGUGGAUUGAAGUUUGCUCUGUUUAAACGCCAAUAGACGCUGUUCGGCCACCCUCUGAAUGUGUUUUUUUAAAUACUGAUAUUGGUGACAUUUGCCCAAAUCCGCAAGCAUUCGCUGAAGAUCUCUGCUGUAGGAGUUUUAUCAUAAUGGGUGGAGCUGCAAACGGUCUCAGCAGUGACCUAUCAUUGUAGUGAACAGUACAAGACCCGUAUAUUUUUCGAGCCAAUCUGCUGCCAGCUGCUGCUCUUCACCCCACUCCGUGGGUCUGUUUUUCUGUGCCUUUUCGUGCCCUUCCACUAAUGUCUUAUCAACCUGCCAUAACUCAGUUAAAAUAUGUUUACAUCACUGUUAUUUAUUUACAAAUAAUAAGAGUUUAAUGUGUAUUUCAGAUCUAUUUUUAAUCUCUUUUAUCAGCACAUGCUGCUUUGUGAUUUAUUGCUUGAGCAGACUUGUAUCACUGUGGUCUAUUUAUGGUUGUACUGUAUAAACUUAGAAAUUAGAAAGGUUUGAUCUUCAAUAGUGAGCACUGGUUUCUUUUUUUUCAAGCUGCUGAGAUACUUUAUUUAUUAUGAUAGUGUACGACAUUAUUUUAGGUAUUGUGUGGUGCCUUUGUUGGAGUAAAUUUUGGUUAUAGACAAUCAUUGGGAUAGCAAAUCAUAUGGAGUAAAUAUUUAUAAACCUUAUAGAUUACUAUUCUAUACAUUACAUAUGUAAUACAUAUGCAUAUAGAUAUAUUUCUGUUAAAUAGAGAUCAUGCUUUACAUUUAGAGUGUGAGGCAUUAGGUGAUGGUUUUAUAUUAUAAACAUUAAACAGCUUAUUGGUUCAGGUGAUGGAUGCUGCAUAACACAUUAAUAGCUUCUAUGAAAUAUUUUAAUGUCAUUUUACAAACACAAACACUUACCAACUAACAGAUUUUUUUUAUAAUUUGGUGUAAAUAAUAGUCUAAACAUGCUUUAAUGUGGUUUCUGUGGAAAGGCAUACAGAGACAAUCUAUUGAAAAAUUAUUUAAAAUUCACCCAGGACUGUAUGGACGACAUAUUUUACACCUGGACAUACAUUUUCAUAAAUAGAUCAUUAUUUUAUAUUCUGAUUUUUUUUUUACGCUGUUCUUAGUAUUAAGAGUCAGACUAUCAUUAAAUUACAUGACAAUAGUACUGUAUUUUCCUUACGCAUUUUAUUACAAAAAUGUAUGUGAUGGAUGUAUAUUAUUUACUGCUAUAGUUGUUUACAGUGAGUAAAUUAAAAUGUUGCAUGUGGCAGGAAAAUCUUGUACCUUCUAACAUACUUUUAAAACUCCUGUAUACAGUACAUAAAGUAUAUAUUUAAUACAUAGUUUUCUAUCAGAUAUGCUAUACUGCUAUAGUACGAAAUAGUCUCUGACUUGAGAACUCAAUAGCUAUAUUGUGAUCUACUUUUGAAAAAAAGUGUUAUGUUAAGGAUUUUAGGAUUAAGGUGUUUGUUUACUGCCACAACAUGUUUGGUUAUGUUUUGAAUGUGUAUACGUUUGACUAUGAUGACUGUUGAUUUUAUAUGUAUGUUAAGAUUGCAUAAUGUUGCUGAAGGUUACUCAUCACAGAACCCCAGUUUGAAGCUUUUGUGCCACAGAUAUGGUGCAGUUGUGAAUAAACGCAUUGAGGAGAACUUUGAAACGUUGUGAUCACAUACCUGUUUUAUUGUAUGUUUAUCAACAGAGAGUGAAAUAAGUUACUUUUUUAAUUUUGUGAAUAACAUAUAGGACCUACUCUUAAGUUUUGUUAGUAUUAAAAACCGAUAACUAGUGAAUCAAGCUUAUUCUGUGUUCUAGUGAGACUACAGUGCAUUCAAUUAUUAGAGCAAAUAAAGGAUAUUGAAAAUA